AUUUUGACGUUGUUUUGACGUUUCGUUACUCGUUGCUGCUGAUAGAAAUGGAACAGUGAAAGCUGGAGCUCAGUUUUGAGAUUUUAUAACCUAAAAAGCUAAAAUAUUCGGGCGAAGAACUCAGAAUGGAAUUGAACGAAAGAAUUUUAAAGUAUCUAGAAAACAGCGACAAAGCUGACACUUUAAAAUUAUGUGAAGAAUUCAACGAAGAACAUCAAAAAAUAGUUGGUGCUGUAAAAAGUUUGGAAGCUCUUGAAAUGGUUAUUUCGGAAGCUGUUAAGAUUACAAAAUGGGAGUUAACUGAAGAAGGAGAACUCGUUGCUAAUAAUGGUAGCCACGAAGCCGUAUUAUACAGAAGUAUACCAGACAGUGGUGUACCGCAAUCUGAAGUUAUGAAGAUGGUACCAAAUGCAAAGGUGGGAUUCAGUAAAGCCAUGUCAUCUGGAUGGAUAUACAUAGAUAAAUCAAGUGGACCGCCCCUCGUCAAACGUAAAGUUGAUUCAAUUACAGACAUUGUACAGGAGAACCUUAGUGAAAUUAGAAAAGGUAUAGAUAAUUUACCAGAAAAUAUAAGAAAUGACUAUAAAAAAAGGAAACUUCUACAAGAGGUGACUAUUAAAAGCUUCUUGCUGUCAAAGGGCCCCCAAUUUGCAAUAACAAUAAAGAAAUUGGAAACAGAUUUAACAAGUGACAUGUUGUUGAGUGGCUCGUGGAAGACUCUAGAAUUCAAACCUUAUAAUUUUGAUGCUUUAGGCCAACCACCAGAAUGUGGUCACCUCCAUCCCCUCUUGAAAGUAAGGUCGGAAUUCCGUGAGAUAUUCUUGGAAAUGGGUUUCACGGAGAUGCCAACUAAUAAAUACAUUGAGAGUUCAUUCUGGAACUUUGACGCACUGUUCCAACCUCAACAGCACCCAGCCAGGGAUGCUCACGACACAUUCUUUAUGUCCUCGCCUGCUGCCACCACGGAGUUCCCCAUGGAAUACCUGGAGAGGGUGAAGAAGGUGCACAGUAAAGGUGGAUAUGGCUCCCAGGGUUACAGAUACGAUUGGAAGAUAGAGGAGGCGCAGAAGAACCUGCUGCGGACGCACACGACGGCGGUCAGCGCCAGGAUGCUGUACCGGUUGGCGCAGCAGACAGAGUUCACUCCGCAGAAGUACUUCAGCAUCGAUAAGGUGUUCCGCAACGAGACCCUGGACGCCACCCACCUGGCGGAGUUCCACCAGGUGGAGGGCGUGGUCGCGGACCGCGGGCUCGGGCUCGCCGACCUCAUCACCGUGCUGGACGCCUUCUUCAAGAGGCUCGGCUUCGACCAGCUGCAGUUCAAGCCGGCGUACAACCCCUACACCGAACCCAGCAUGGAAAUAUUCGCAUACCACACCGGUCUCGCCAAAUGGAUAGAGAUUGGUAAUUCGGGGGUGUUCAGACCUGAGAUGCUGCUGCCCAUGGGCCUGCCUGAAGACGUGAACGUGAUAGCGUGGGGCCUGUCCCUCGAGCGGCCCACCAUGAUCAAGUACGGGCUCAACAACAUCCGGGACUUGGUCGGGCCCAAGGUCGACCUGCGCAUGGUCUACAACAACCCUAUAUGUAGGCUCGAUAAAUGAAUUAAAUAAAUCUGUUGAUUGUUGAUAA